UAUUAAAGUCAUCAAAUCAGACAAACACCUGUGCUGAGAUGGCAGCACGGUACUAUUAUAACAAGCUUUAUCCUGGCCGGUUCCUCAAUGACCUGGUAGCCAUGGAUAGCCACACCUUCGAUCGUACUAAAUAUGAUGACAUAGAUGAUAAAUUAGCCUAUUUUCAUGUCAACUUUAGAGCUAGGACACCAUCGAGAGAAAAUCCCUCAUCGAUUUUCUUUGCUGAGCUCAGUGGAACAGAAGGACCUGAGAAAGUCCGCAUGUGCAUUCAGUUGGACCCAGGUGAAAUGGAGAACUGCACAUUCUGCACGGGAAUUUUGCAUCCCCGAGAUAGUUUUAUUGGCUGUAUGGGUCCCUACUAAAAAAAA